GAGCGACAAGCGCACGGGGGCCGGCCCUUACGUUAAAAAUUUAUUUUAUUUUCAGACAGAAUGAAUCAAGAAGGCGUACUAGAUUGUUGCGCUGUUUGCAAAGAGGAAACGCAAAGAAGAUGUAGUCGCUGCCUCAAUGUAUAUUAUUGUAGUACUGAGCACCAACGCCAAGAUUGGAAGAGACACAAAAGUGAAUGUGGAUCAAAGUUACCUGAAAAAGGCCCCAAAAACGAAGACAAACUAGAAGAGCGACAUACAGAUUCCCGGGUGAAUGUUGGAGAAACAGAUUCUUCAGAUACAAAAGAGGCUGGUGCAAAAAAAGAAAUCUCGAGAGAAAAAGAGGGUAGUACGCGUCCAUUAUGUUUAAAAAAAUCUGUGAAAAAUAUUAUAAUAGAAGAGGGUAAAGAAAGUGGCGUAGCGAGUGUUAGUAAACAUAAGUCGCAAAUAUCCACCAGCAACAUUAAUAAAAGUGAAAGUGGCACGUCCGAGCUGCCUGAUCGCAACGAAAGUAGCGUUAUUUCUAGUGUAGUGUAUACAAAUAAGGAUUUAACUAAAGGAAGUGCCAUAACUUAUGAGGGAUCUUCUGAGCAAGAGAUCCUGAACGAAUCGGCCCAGCAAUUGAAUACAGUAGACUUUAACUCUAGUUCAUCUAUUGUGUUGAAAAUGGUGAAUAGAACUGAAGUAACUGUGCCUAUGAUGCCUACAUAUGGGGCAGAGCACAGUCGGAGAGUCAAGGAUUAUCCUGAGGGGUCCGUUAGAAACAGUAGUGUACAAAAUAGUAUUGAUGUUGAUCCUAGUGAUCCAUGGUAUGCAGUGUGUCAGACUGUGAUUAGAGAUAUGACCCAAUACGGUGUAUGUUUGUUGAAAAAUUUCCUUGGCCGGGAACGAGGACUGAUGGUGUUAGAAGAAGUGAAACGUAUGCACAAAUCAGGAAUAUUUGAAGCUGGCAAAGUGGUCUCCAACCCUGGCAGCACGGACGCGCAGACGGUCCGUAGCGACCAGACCACGUGGAUCGAUGGCACGGAGCCCCACUGUCCCAACAUCAAAUAUCUAAUUACCCAGGUGGACAAUAUUGUGCUGCGAGCGAACAAGAUGCCCAGGAAUGGCAAAAUGGGAGACUUCGUGAUCAACGGGAGGACGAAGGCCAUGGUGGCGUGCUACCCCGGCUCCGGCAGCCAUUACGUGAAGCACGUUGACAACCCGAACAAAGAUGGCCGCUGCAUCACCGCCAUCUACUACCUCAAUCUAGACUGGGAUGUGGAAAAAAACGGAGGAUUGCUCAGGGUGUUCCCAGAAGGCACGAACACUGUAGCUGACAUCGAGCCGAUCUUCGACAGGAUGCUGUUCUUCUGGUCGGACAGGCGGAAUCCGCACGAAGUGCAGCCGGCGUAUAAAACUAGGUACGCUGUCACGAUCUGGUAUUUCGACGCCCACGAACGCGAAGAGGCGCAAAGACGUUUCAAACAAAGUGCAAAACCUUCGUCCAGCAAGUGAUGUUGGACCAAUCACAGCCCGCGCAGCGAAGCGGGCUAACCGGACCUUAAGGCAGACGAUUAUCGACGUUAUUCUAUAGGAGAUAGAGCUUUUAUUGUGAUACUCUGCAAUCGUGUCUUAAGGUGUGGUGUGUUUUAAAAUGAACUUUAUCGUGAAAAUUAUAAAAUUUGUGUGAAAAGACUUUUAGAUAAUAUUUGAAUUUUAUUUUUCUAUGACAGCUGUCUUACGUAUAGGUUUGCAAGCAAUCAGAAAUACGACUUGAUGUUAAUAUGGAAAGCUGUCACAUUAUAGUAUAUCUUUGGUACUCAAAACAACACAAAAAACUUUAAACAACACAUGUACUAUUGACUCUUGAAAAUUACUCACUGAAUUAUGUUAAACUUUAAUUAAUUUGAUUAUUUUUCUAUAUUUCUUACACUUUAUUAAUUUAAAUCUGUACUUCCAUUCUUAAAUUCAAACUUGACGAUUACAAACGCUUUGAAUAUCUUUAUAUUGAUGACUUAAUGACAGCUGUCAUUGCGUGACAUGUUUCAGGUUAUGUUUAAAAACAAAUAACUCUACGAAGUAUUAUAAUUAUACUUUAAAAAGCAAUAUGUUCUAAAUAACAGUCUAAAUAUAAAUAUGUAAAUAGUGUUAAGUAGAUUGAGUUUUUUGUUUCAAAUCAUAAAGUAUUAUGUGUAAUUAUUUUAUCAACCUUAAUAGAUCUAUUGAAAUAAAUAUUUUAAAACUUUAACGUUGCGGCGUAAAUUUCAAUAUUUAGUGGCAAUAUUACAACGCUACUUUAGUUUAAAUAAAUCUUGGUUGAACAUGUCCGCUGUCACUUGUGAUAUCUUAUUGGCUGUGUUCCUUUCAGUUCAGGAUAUGAAGUGUGAACUUGAAUGGUAAUGAACCUGAGGUAACACGGAAUUGUAUGCGUCAAACUGCCAAUAUAUUAAAUCCAUUACAAUAUAGCUUCACCAGGGUUUCGCUACUCUGGGAAUGGAGCCCAAACUGUUUAUUUUCGGCCUCGGAUGUUCAGCCCACAGGACUUUACAUCUUUAAGUGAUUCAAAGACAGUAAACUCGUCAUCUGUUGACAAAUGACAAAUAGACGAAGUCCUUUUUCAAAUUCGUGGGAAUGUCCAAAGUGUCCUGCGGGAGUAGAUGAGUCUAUUUUAUUCAACUAAUAAGUUUUAUCAAAACAUAAUCGACUCCAUGAACCAUGCAAUUUAUAUUGGUAAAUACUGCUCUAAUAAAAAAUAAUUUAAACAAUUUUUUUUUUAUAUAUCUUUAUGGCGUGUUUGACUUACACUUAUCAUUCCAACCAUCCAUGGAUACAGCCAAUAUUAUCACGUAAUAAUAUCUAUAGCUGUAUAUUUAGUUUCCUACUUAACUAGAAUGUAGCUAACAGCGGACGGAUGACGUAAGACUGAGUAAAGCUAGGUCGAUUGUAUAUCAAUUGUUUGUUUAUAUUUAUUGCGUAUUUAUCAAAGUUGUACAUAAUGCCAGGAGUGUAUGAUUUGUAAUCGAUAGUAAAUAUCAUAAAAAUUAAAUAACAGAAUGUGUGUUUUGUGGAAACAAGGCAAGGUUACCUUCAGCCACUUUACCUUACUAACUAUGCCUCUGUAUCUUAAUCAUGUCAUAAAGACAGCCAGUAGUUUUGCUUUCGGUGUACGUUACUUGCGAAACUUUGCCCAAAUAGGCGUCGUGUGCGCAACACCUAUUAGUAGCACCACCACUUUUAAAGCCGUAAAAUAAAAAUAUUACCUAACCCGUCUAAAAUUUAUAUGUAAAUUGCUAUGUACGACUUGUAUGAACCAAUAUUUUAUUUUUACCAAUUAAUUAGGUUACAUGGUUGAAAUUACUCGUACCUCAUUAUUAAGUCAUAUGAUUGCUGUAAAUAUAAAUCUACGAAGUGUAGUAUAAUACUAACAAAAUAAAGAUAUUUACUGUAGAUCCUGUGUAUAAAUUAUAGUAUUGAAUUUUAUACAAAUACCUACAAUAUUUAAGAAUAUAUUCCUAUUAGAGUUUUAAUCGGAAUUAGCAUUGUUUCAAUAUUUAUGUUUGCGUGGUGUCUCUUUUUAACAAACUGAGGUCCGGUAAGUUAACUUCAUUGCUAAACAUUAUUAUGAAUUAAUAUUUCAGAAUUUAAUACAUACCUACCCAUAUUUCAUCUAUUAUUAGUAUAUUUUAAUUGUCUAUUAUGUUAAUUAUGAUUUUCUUGCUGUAAAAAUCUUAUUGAACCUCAAUCUAAAGUUGAUUUUCGGUUAAGCUAAAAUGUGAACCUAUUCUGUACCUACCCAUAUUUCUUAAAUUAUUUUGUAGCAAAAUUGUAUUACAUUUUUUCUUAGA